AUGGCGACAGCAGUCUCGACUGUCGGAGCGGUCAACCGUGUACUGCUGAACUUGCACGGAUCUGGAGCUGCAGUCCCCAGCUCAGCUUUCUUAGGCAGCAGCUUGAAGAAGGUGAAUUCAACAUAUGUUCCCAAGGCUUCACCAGGAAACCUCAAGGUCGUGGCCGAGAUUGACGAGAAGAAACAGACUGAUCAGGACAGAUGGAAGGGUCUUGUCUCUGAUGUUUCCGAUGACCAACAAGAUAUCACCAGAGGAAAGGGUAUGGUCGACUCACUCUUCCAAGCUCCCACCGGAAUGGGAACUCAUGAUGCUAUCCUCAGCUCCUACGAAUACCUCAGCCAAGGACUUCGCACGUACAACUUUGACAACACCAUGAGUGGAUAUUACAUUGCUCCUGCCUUUAUGGACAAGCUUAUGGUCCACAUCUCCAAGAACUUCAUGACCUUGCCUAACAUCAAGGUUCCUCUUAUCUUGGGUAUUUGGGGAGGCAAAGGUCAGGGUAAAUCAUUCCAGUGUGAGCUUGUGUUCGCCAAGAUGGGAAUCAACCCGAUCAUGAUGAGUGCCGGAGAACUGGAAAGUGGAAAUGCAGGAGAGCCCGCGAAGCUCAUCAGGCAAAGGUACCGUGAAGCAGCUGAUAUGAUCAAGAAGGGUAAAAUGUGCUGCCUCUUCAUUAAUGAUCUUGAUGCCGGUGCUGGACGCCUUGGUGGAACCACCCAAUACACAGUCAACAACCAGAUGGUUAACGCUACACUCAUGAACAUUGCUGAUAACCCGACCAACGUGCAACUCCCGGGUAUGUACAACAAGGAGGAGAACCCCCGUGUCCCAAUCAUCGUCACUGGUAACGAUUUCUCAACACUGUAUGCCCCUCUCAUCCGUGAUGGUCGUAUGGAGAAAUUCUACUGGGCUCCCACCCGUGAUGACCGUAUUGGUGUUUGCAAGGGUAUUUUCCGUACUGACAAUGUUCCUGAUGAAGAUGUUGUCAAACUCGUCGACACUUUCCCCGGUCAAUCCAUUGAUUUCUUCGGUGCUUUGAGGGCACGAGUGUACGAUGACGAAGUAAGGAAGUGGAUUGGUGGAGUCGGAGUCGACAGCAUUGGCAAGAAGCUCGUUAACUCGAGGGAAGGACCUCCAACAUUCGAGCAGCCGGAGAUGACACUGGAGAAGCUUCUUCAGUAUGGUAACAUGCUUGUCCAGGAGCAGGAGAAUGUGAAGAGGGUGCAAUUAGCUGACCAAUCUCUUGCUCCCACAGGCCUGGAUAGGAGGGAAAACAAUGUUCGAGUGCCUUAA